AUGACAGGCAGACGACACGGGCCUGGUCUGCCCGACGUUGUCACCACGAACGAUAACAACGGCGCUGAACAGCAGCAACACGGCCACUACCUCUCGCUGCCCAGCUCACCCACGAGCUUCCGCCGCCAGCCAGCCACCAUGAGCAGGCGGCCCUCCAACCCCGAGCCCCCAGACGAGCGCUCGCCGCUCCUGGCCGGGCCACGCACAUCGCGCAUGCGCAUCCACAGCGCCCAGGGCUCGCCCGGGGUACCCAACCUAUCGAGAAACCAGAGUUAUGCGGACAGCAUCAAGUCCCUCCGCCACCACCACCGCGCCGAGUCGUGGGGCACACGCCUGAGGCACGCCCUGUCGGACCGCCAGCAGGAGUCGUCCAUGGCCGACUCCAAGGGCUCGCUGCUCUACCCAGACGACCGCGUCUGGUACGACCAGUUCACCUCGACCGACUGGGUCCACGAUAGCAUCGCCGACGCCUACCGUGUCAAGGCCCUGCGCAGCCGCAAGGACUUUUGGGGCCGCGUUCAUGUGUUGUUCGACGGCGCACAGGGCUGGCUGCUCAGCGCCCUCGUCGGGUUCAUCGUGGCUGUGCUGGCAUAUGUGGUCAAUGUCAGCGAGGCGACCGUCUUUGACUUCAAGGAUGGGUAUUGUGCGCGGGGGUGGUUGAUCAGUGAGAAGAAAUGCUGCCCUCACGGUCUUUGCACGGACUGGCGCGAUUGGGGCGAGGUUCUGCAGGGGUUUCCGUUUGGCGAGAGGUGGACCGAGUAUGUCGUCUACAUCGUCGCUGUUAUCACGCUGGCCAGCUUGUCGUGUCUGCUCAGUCUCACCACAAAGACGGUCGUGCCCUCGGCGUACCGGCUGACGACCUUGGACGAAAACCUUGCCGCCGAGGCAGCUGCGCCGCCGCCUGAGAAUGAAGCGGAAGGAACGGAGGUCAGCCCCCGGCGGACGCGCGAGACAGAGCCGGCGCCGCCCAUGAUCUACUACUCGGCCGCCGGCAGCGGUGUGGCCGAGGUGCGCGUGAUUCUCAGCGGCUUCGUGCUGCACGGCUUCUUGGGUGUCAAGACACUUAUCAUCAAGACCAUCGGCCUGAUCUUGAGCGUCGCCUCGGGCUUGAGCUUGGGCAAGGAGGGGCCGUACGUGCACAUCGCUACGUGCGUCGGAAACAUUGCGUGCCGGCUCUUCUCAAAGUAUGACCGCAACGAUGCCAAGAGACGCGAGGUCCUCUCGGCUGCGGCGGCGGCGGGCGUUGCGGUGGCCUUUGGCGCUCCGCUCGGCGGCGUGCUCUUCGGUCUGGAGGAGGUGGCCUACUUCUUCCCGGCCAAGACGCUGUUCCGGACCUUCUUUUGCUGCAUCACGGCCGCCUUGACGCUCAAGUUUCUGAAUCCGUACGGAACGCACAAGAUUGUCAUGUUCCAAGUGCGGUACGUCGUGGAUUGGGAGUACUUUGAGAUCAUCAGCUUCGUCAUGGUGGGCGUCUUGGGUGGAGCCGCCGGCGCCUUGUUCAUCAAGGCUUCGAGGCACUGGGCCAGAACCUUCCGCCGCAUCCCCGUCAUCAAGGCGUAUCCCUUGCUUGAGGUAAUGCUGGUUGCGCUUGUUACGGGCCUGAUUGGGUACUGGAACGUCUUUACCAAGCUGCCCGUGGCGAAGCUGCUGUAUAACCUGGCGGCGCCGUGCGACGACCGAGAUAAUAACCUGGAGGAUUUGGGACUCUGUCCGGAGGAGAUCGACGAUAUCCCGCCAAUUCUGCUGAACUUGUUUGCGGCAUUCUUAAUCAAGGGGUUGCUGACCAUCGUCACUUUUGGCAUUAAAGUCCCAGCCGGCAUUUACGUUCCGUCCAUGGUUGUGGGCGGUCUCAUGGGCCGCCUCAUUGGACACGUUGUCCAGUGGGUGGUCAUGGCCACGCCAGACUGGGGCGUCUGGGGCACCUGUGGCAAGAUGCCGAAUGCUACCUGCAUCCAACCUGGCGUGUAUGGCCUCAUCGCCGCUGGCUCGACCAUGUGUGGCGUCACGCGGCUUUCGGUAACGCUUGCGGUCAUUCUCUUCGAACUGACAGGCAGUCUGGACUAUGUCCUCCCGUUUUCCCUGGCCAUCUUGGUUGCCAAGUGGACAGCGGACGCCAUCGAGCCGCUCAGCAUCUACGAUCUCCUCACGGAAAUGAAUUCGUACCCCUACCUCAACAAUAAGCACAAGCCAAUAUUCACUUCGAACCUGGCUGAUAUCGUGCCGCGCGUGCGCAAGGAGCGCAUCAUCGACAUCAGCACCUCGCCCGUCGUGCCCGCUGCCAGCCUGCGUGCCAAGCUCGAGCUGCUGCACCGUGCCGGCGAACUGGACGGCGGCCUGCCGAUUGUGAGGGACGGGAUUUUGGUGGGGUUGAUCCCGGCCCCGGACCUCGAGUAUGCCCUGGAUAACCUCCGGGAUGAAGGGUCCAGUCUGUGCCUGAUGGCGCCCGUCAUGACGAUUGAGGAUGAUUCGGAUGAUGGGGGCAGGGAUCCGACUGAUUUCACGCCGUAUAUUGAUCCGGCACCAGUGGCGCUGGAUAUCAAGUCGCCCAUGGACCUGGUGUAUGAGUGUUUUGCGAAGCUGGGGCUGAGGUAUAUUUGCGUGUUGAAGGAUGGGCGGUAUGCGGGGAUGACGCAUAAGAAGACGUUUGUCAAGUACAUGCGGGAGGUGGAGGCAAAGUAUGGGCAUACGUAA